AUGAUUGAUCAGCUAAUAAUAUGGGCGGGUUUUGGAUCUUGGUGGUUCAGUAGAAGUAGAGCCGGCAACGCCGACCGCAGAGCCGGCAGCGCCGCCCUCAGAGCCGGCAGCGCCGCCCUCAGAGCCGGCAACGCCGACCGCAGAGCCAGCAGCGCCGACCGCAGAGCCGGCAGCGCCGACCGCAGAGCCGGCAGCGCCGACCGCAGAGCCGGCAACGCCGCCCUCAGAGCCGGCAUCGCCGCCCUCAGAGCCGGCAACGCCGACCGCAGAGCCGGCAGCGCCGACCGCACAGCCGGCAGCGCCGCCCUCAGAGCCGGCAACGCCGCCCUCAGAGCCGGCAACGCCGCCCUCAGAGCCGGCAACGCCGCCCUCAGAGCCGGCAACGCCGCCCUCAGAGCCGGCAACGCCGCCCUCAGAGCCGGCAACGCCGCCCUCAGAGCCGGCAACGCCAACUCUGGAAUAUUUUAUCUCGCAUGUAAACUGAGAGAUCUUGACGACCUCGAAACGGCACUCGAGGUCGUCACUCGAGACGGCACUCGAGGUCGUCACUCGAGACGGCACUCGAGGUCGUCACUCGAGACGGCACUCGAGGUCGUCACUCGAGACGGCACUCGAGGUCGUCACUCGAGACGGCACUCGAGGUCGUCACUCGAGACGGCACUCGAGGUCGUCACUCGAGACGGCACUCGAGGUCGUCACUCGAGACGGCACUCGAGGUCGUCACUCGAGACGGCACUCGAGGUCGUCACUCGAGGUCGUCACUCGAGACGGCACUCGAGGUCGUCCUCGAGACGGCACUCGAGGUCGUCCUCGAAACGGCACUCGAGGUCGUCCUCGAAACAGCACUCGAGGUCCUCCUCGAAACAGCACUCGAGGUCGUCCUCGAAACAGCACUCGAGGUCGUCCUCGAAACAGCAUUCGAGGUCGUCCUCGAAACAGUACUCGAGGUCGUCCUCGAAAUCCUCCUCGAGAUCGUCCUCGAAAUCCUCCUCGAGGUCGUCCUCGAAAUCCUCCUCGAGGCCGUCCUUAAGGACAUUACUCUCGCAAGAGUUCUUUCCAUCCUCCUCAACCUUAAAUGAAUAA